UUGGUUGGUUUGUAGUCUGCUGUGGCGGUUGACGGUGCCAACUUUGAACGCUUUCGCUCGAUUUGUUCUCCCUGCUGUCGGUUUGUCGGCGGUACACCUUCGGAUAAUCUCUGUGCGAUAUAGAUUUGGAUUGUUUUUAGCGCUAGAAACGGGAAGCAAAGUUUGUGUUGGGGUUGUGGUGGUUUCCCAGCAAGAGACCUUUCAAGUCCGUCCAGAAAGUUGCGAAUAUGAAGUUAUGAAUGUUUUGCGCGCGUGUGCGUCUGUAUGUAUCUUCGGAGGGCGUGUAUGAGUGAGUAGGAUGAAGUGACACACUUCGCAAGUAUCUCGCAACUACCAAAGGAAGGGAAGAAAAAGAAUUCGGAAUCUGCUGCCAUGAUUGAUAAGAUUAACCAUAAAGAGUUGAUCAAAUGUCAUCGUCAGCAACUGCAUUAAAAAGGCGAGGUUGGUGUCGUUGAGUGACUGAGGAAGAGGUGCGGCCGGCACUCUAAAUUUAGACCUGGCACCGUAGCUCUCCUGCUGGUACUGCUCCACCUUCUCCUCCCCCUCCCUCUUUUCUUCUUCCUGCUGCUGCUGGUGCUGCUGUUCUGCUGCUCCAACUACUACUGCUGUUCCUGCUGCAGCUUCUCUUUUGUAGCUGCCACUGCUUCCACUAAGUGUUGGCGGAUGGUGGCAGCAGCACCGGCAAGGCCCUACUGCCCUAUUUAUGUUCGCCAUCUCCAACCGAAACAGCCGCUCCGCCGCCGCCGCCUGCAACCUCCGCGUCCUCCUCAACUUCUCUCCGAGAGCCUUAGGUGGAGGUCGACUGAUGGUGGAGCGAUGGAUCAUGCCGAGGAACUAGUCUGCCUAGGUUCUCCUGCGGCGGUGCCGCUGAUACUUGGGCCUCUGGCAUCAGCUUCCACCGAAGGCUUUGACCAUCAGCACAGAGUGACCGGCCGCCAAGCCAAGUGGUCGUCACGUGACACUCAGUAUUGAGGCGGCCGAAGUGGGACGCCAGUGGCGGGGAGGCAGCUCCAGCCGCCCAGUGUUGAAACAAGUGCCAUUAGUGUGGGAAUAAGAAGAAGAACCACAAGGUAUUCGGUGCUUUGCUUCGCCCCUCUCGGACGUGGCGCUUCUCCAUUCUGAAUAAUCAGAUAAUCGCAGUGACUUGAAAAAGUGAUCGUUGUGACAGAAAGUGACCGGCUUCUCGGGCAGGAAACUUCCGUGGUGAUUGAUUACUGUUUGCUGAAAUCUUUGUUGUUGUUAUUGCGACUGUCAUUGUUGAUACUGUUACUGUUAUUAUCGUUAGGUGACUGUAUGUUUAAGCAACAUGCCCGUCCCUCCGUCCUCGCCCUCCGUGGGCACCAGCAGAUACCCAUCUUACACCUCUUAUUCAUCCUCCUACCGGAGUCCGUCCUCAUCUUCCUAUAGUGGUCGCACCACGUCCUUAGACCGUUCACCAUAUCUCAGCACUUACGGCAGUAGCUAUUCGAGCAACUACUCAACCAGCACUUACGCCAGCAAGUACUCGAGACCUCCCAUCCCGUCUUAUUCGGUCGCGACCGACACUUACCGAAGCAGCCGUAGCUUGCGCCAGUCUCCCGUGAGACCCACUUACUCGAGGCUGAGCUCCGACUCCUCUCUCGAGUCGACGCUCUCGCCGUCGAGGUACAGCACUUCCCGUUACUCCAGGGACAAGAGAGAUGUGUCCACUUCGCGAGAUUCCGGAUACGGUUCCAGGCUCUCCUCUCGCGAUCGAUCGGUUGACAUCAUCAACGGAAAUGGAGUCGAUACCAGUCACUUUGGGCCGUCGCCUUCCUCUUACGCUUGCAAUUACCGAUGGGAGUAUCGAGAGAAGGACAACAAGGCCGAAACGGGAGGCAGCAAUGAUACCACAGAGCAAAAUGGAGAAGCCGAGAAGAUCAGAGUCACUGACAGGAUUCGCAACUUUGAAACUCGAUCGUCAGCCGCUAAGGAAAUAGGCGGAGGCCUGUUAGCUGGAAGGGAGAGCUCCUCAACGGGAAGGGAGAGGGGCUACUCCCCUGCGAAGGACUCCAGCAGCGUCGUCCCUCGCCGUCGCAUGAUUCCCCUGACCUUGGUGGAUAUUCCGAAGCGCUCCUCCUCCACGAGCAGGAAGAGCCCGAGCGCCAGGGACGACGACGACGACAGAAACAACAACAGCGGCAGCAACGAGCGAAGGCCUUCCGUCACGGAACUCUGCAGGAAAUACGACACCAAUCACAACGUCACCAACGGCGUGGCGAAACAAGACGACGAUGACGAGGAUGAGGACGACGACCGAAGUGACGGGAGCGCGUGUUCCGGAGGUCCAGCUGCUGCAGCUGACGACGAUGCAGCAGUCGGCACCGUCGAGACUGUCACUCUGACCCUCAAAACGCGCCCGAGGACGAGCUCCACUUCCCGCGCCGAUCGAAGGGAGUCCCCCUUAGUCUCGAGAGUGAGCUCUCCUGCUACGGGGUCACGCCUCGAUUCCCCAACCAGAAGCCGCGUGGAAUCCCCAGCCAGGUCGCGGUUCGAUACAUCGUUUAAGGAAUCCCCGGUUAGGAACCGAUUUGAAUCCCCGCUGAGGAACCGGUUGGACUCUUCGGUUGGCCGUCCCGAAUCCCCAUGUGAUAGGGAUGGGGGACGCACAUCGCCUUAUGUUAAUGGCACCUUGGAUAAGCCAAAAGUGCGGGCGAAGACAGAAAGCAGCAGUUUGGAGGGAAGCCCGCUCGGAAGGUCUAGGUAUCGCCAAGAGCGGGCUUGGGAGCGAAUAGCUGCGCGUCUUGCCAAUGAGGAUGAAGGAUCCCCUCCUCGCCGACAUCAGACCACCAUAAGCAGCAAUAGUUGCAGUAGUAGUGCUGGUGGUACUUCCCUUAGCGAAAAUAAUGGCCUUGUGGGUCUACGAAAUAUUGGAAAUACGUGUUUCAUGAACAGUGUUACGCAGUGUUUAAGCAAUACACGUUGUCUUCUUGAGUAUUUGGUGCAAGAUGGGUACUCGUCAGAUAUCAAUACAACAAUAUCUACAAUGAAAGGCGACCUUAUUCGAGCCUUUGCCAAUCUUCUUACCGACAUGUGGAAUGAGGGCAGCGACAGCAGUCGUGCCCUAAAUACGGGACCAUUCAAAUCUCAGAUUCAGAGAUUUGCUCCAGCAUUCUCAGGGUACCAACAGCAUGAUGCUCAGGAAUUCUUGCGAAAGCUGCUUGAGGGUCUUCAUGAAGAUGUUAAUCGUGUCAUAUUGAAACCAAAGCCCAUUACUGAGGAUAUUGAUGAUGAAUUAGACGACAACCAAAAAGCCAUGGAGUCAUGGAAGCGUUAUUUACGAUAUGAUGACAGCAAAAUUGUCGACAUGUUUGUUGGGCAGUUGAAGUCCUGCUUGCAGUGUUCUGUUUGUGGUCAUUGUUCUGUGACCUUUGACCCAUUCUGGGAUCUCAGUUUACCUAUUCCUAGCAAGUCAGGCCAAGUCAGAUUGUCACAGUGCCUUGAUCUCUUUACCAAAGAGGAGGUCCUUGAUGGAGAUGAAAGACCCACGUGUUCCAAAUGCAAGGAAAGAAGAAAAAUGACAAAGUCAUUCAGCAUACAGAAGUUCCCCAAAGUUUUAGUCUUACAUCUUAAACGUUUUUCACCUUUGGAACGAUGGCGUGGGAAGUUGUCAUGUACUGUUGAAUUCCCAUUGGAAAAUCUUGACCUUUCAAAGUUUGCUUCAAGUUCUACUACUUCGCCUUCGUACAAUUUGAUAGGGGUUGCCAAUCAUUCAGGAACUACAUAUUCUGGCCAUUACACUGCCUAUUGUAAACAUCCCUACUCAGGUGCCUGGCAUGAGUACAAUGAUUCAAGAGUGUCCAAUAUUUCCCAAGGAAGAGUAUGCAGCCCUGAGGCAUACGUGCUUUUCUAUGAAAUGACAUCUGCAUCAUCCAAGCUAUAAUUUUCAAGAGAAAGAAUGUUUUUAUAUAUUAUUUAAAGUGUAAAUAUGUUUUUAGAAUCAGAAAAGAUGCUAGUUCUCUGCUCAAAUGUAGGAUUGAGAGGAUGAAACUGAAUGUUUGUGUUGCUACACCUCUUUGUUAAGUGUUUCUUGAUGCAUGUUAAAUGACAGAAAAUGGGUGAUGCAACCGAAGAUUAGCUUAGGUUGUACUACCUCAGAAGAGGCAAACCAAAGUGCACAAAUUAUUGUAAGGUUAGUGCAGAGUUUUGGUGUUGAAAACGGUUACAACAUGUCAAGACUGUCCAGCUAUGUUAACGUUCCAGACUGCCUUGAUUAUGCAGAUAUUAAGAAAGGACAUCACCAAUUCAUUUGAAAGGAAGUAAUGGUAGCAUCAAGAGUUUUAGGUGCAUUGAAGAUCUAUGUACAGUAAUGUAGUGGUUAGUGGUUAUUCAUUCCUAUGGUCAUUGUUCUUUUAACAUGCCAGUCCAUUAUCCUUCCUUUGCGUGAAUAGUUAUAUUGAACUCAUUCUCCUACUAUGAAUGGCUGGUGUUUUGUUAAUGAAUAAACAGUAGUUGAACACUGGCACGGGGGUCAUUAAAUUGUUUGUUGUUGUUAUAGUUCUUUUAACUUAUUAAUUUUUGGUAAAUGCUGAAAUACUCUGUUUAACACAUGCCAGUUAUAGAUGAUGUUGAACCUUGUGUCAUGUAUAUAAUAUAUAUAUCAGUAAUAUAUUACAUACCAUUCAUAUUGUACAUAAAAUAUAUAGUAAAAAUAUUUUAUUUAAAGUGAAGAAGUUAUCUUGUGGCAUAAGCUCUGAUAUCCAAAGGUCUAAAUAACCAAACACAGGACAUCAUUUUGGCAACAGUGGUCAUUUUCUGUCAUUAUGUUGAUUAAUGAUAAGUCAUGGAAUUUCUUGUUUUGUAUUCUAAAAUUACACAAUUUUUUGUCGUAAAUAUGUUUUAAAUGUGCAUAGUUUAUAUUAGUUGGCUAAAUAGAGGCAUCAUGAACUGUUUUUAUGCCUCACACCUUUGGAAACAGUAGUCAUCUGUGAGUUAUCCAUCAUUUUCUAGAGUCGUAACUUAUUAAGGACAGUGUAUAUAACAGUACGUAAGUGAAUACCACGUGGAUGAAAACGGAAAAACACUGACAUAGAGGUUUUUCUUCAAAGAUCUUUAAUCAUGCAACAUAUCUCGCUGUUGUACAGAUUAAAAUUCUGCAGAAAAUAUUUUUUAUGGCUGUAGAGUAAUAAAAGUUGCCUAGUCAAUGCAACAGUUAUUUUUUUGAAUGAAACUUAUUGCUACCAGUGCCAUAUAGUGAUGCAGUCUAGUGAACCAAAAAUAAAAUAAUGACAAUACUGUUAGCAUCAGUCUCAGAAACCCCUGUUGCCUUUAUAUAGUGGCUUUAUCAGAUUUCUUUACUGUAGUGAUAUAUCUUCAGAGGAAAUAUUGUCUAUAGUUAAUGUACAGCACUGUCACCAACGUAGCCUUAGAUUUAAAUAGCAUAUAAAAUGGCAUCAUGAUAAAACAGGCGUAAUAAAUCAAUAUUAAUGGGAAAAUUUACUGGUGCAAAAGUAUACCAUGUACUACUUUGUACCCUUGUUAUUGGUUACAGUAUGCUGAAUGUACUGUGUGAUGUGUAUUUUGUCUCGCUAGAUCUUGUUCAAGUUAUUUAUUUCAUUCUCAUCAUCAUUAAAGGCUUUGCUGUUAAAAACUACUGAAGAUAAAAGGUAACAGAAGUUUUACAAUUUACUGGUGCAGAAUAUAAAACUUUAUACAUAUUUACAAUUCACAAGGGGAUCCAUUAUUCAUAUAUUCAUACUAAGCUGGGAGUUUUAUUGAGUGUCUGCCUUUAGUCUGGAAUUAAAGUUUUGUGCUUUUGAAGUGUAUCCCUUAUUUUUUUUAACUGACUAUUGACAUGGUUAGUUUAGGUGCAAUGUACAGAACUUUGCAAUGGAAAUAAGUUAGCACUUCAAAAUUCCUUUAUUGACAGGCAAUGUCAGAUUUUAUUAAAGAAAUGGACUUGCUUCAAAAUGUAUAGAAACACAACCUUUUACUUUUUGUAUGGUAAAAAUUGUGGUUAAGAUAAUUGUUGGAAAUUUAACUAUAAUUUUAUUUCAUAGAUGAUAAAGAAAACUAUCAUAUGUCCGUUCAUGUUGGGAAAUGUGGGAUCCAUACAUACUACCUACCCUACUUCUGCUGUAUAAGGAUAUCUGUGUAUAUUAGUAUUAUAUUUUAUAUGUUAAGUUAAACACUUUUGUGUUAAUAUUGAUUUCCAAAUUGCUAUUGUUAUAUACCAGAAGUUGAUAAAUUACCUUCUGUUAACAAUGCUAUUGGCAUUUGUAGAGAGGCAACAAGAUUCUGCUAAAAGUCCAAUUGUUUCUUCACAUUACUGUACUAAUUGCUACUGUGUAGCUUUUGAUAUUAACAUAUAUUAGCUUGUAAAGUUAGUCUACAAAGAAUGAGUUUUCUGUGAAGCAACAAAUUGGAACCCUGCUGUGACCCAUCAAAGUUUUUUAAUUCAGCAUGGUUAAGGAGCACAUUUUCAUCAAGUUUAUCACUUUUAUAUGAUAAACAUAGUAUUGUUCCACUGAAUACUUAACAUAUAUACAGGAUAUAUCUGUACAUAAUGAUAUUAUUUUGGGGCUUCCUCUCUUACUACUAGAAACUUGACACUUCUGCCCAUAAAUUUUCAUUAGCCCUGAAGUAUAGAAAACUUGUUGAAUGGUAAUAGUUUCAAUUUCUUUUAAGUCUGAAACUAGUUAAUUGACUAAAAUUAAAUCAGAACUUUUCAGUGCACUGGGGAAGUUCCUAGAAUAGAAGUCACCCUAUGAUAUAAUAGUAUAUGAAAAAAUAAAUGUUUAUAUGGAAA